UGGAGCGGCUGCGCUCGGAGGGGAACAAAGAGCGGCGGCGGCGGCGGGCGGGACUGGUAUGGUGGUUCCACAGGUCCGCGUCCGCUGCACUCACAGGGAGGAGGCGGACGGCGCCCCCCGAGAGGCAUGCCCAAAGAAAAAUACGAGCCCCCUGAUCCUCGGAGGAUGUACACAAUUAUGUCCUCUGAGGAAGCAGCAAAUGGAAAGAAAUCACAUUGGGCAGAGCUUGAAAUAAGUGGAAAUGUAAGAAGUUUAAGUUCAUCUUUGUGGUCACUAACUCACUUAACAGCUUUGCAUCUAAGUGACAAUUCCCUGUCCCGCAUUCCUUCAGACAUUGCCAAGCUUCACAACCUGGUGUAUCUGGACCUGUCCUCCAAUAAAAUCCGUAGUUUACCGGCAGAACUCGGAAACAUGGUGUCACUCAGGGAGCUCCAUUUAAAUUACAACCAGUUACGAGUUCUACCUUUUGAGCUGGGAAAGCUGUUUCAAUUGCAGACUUUAGGCCUGAAAGGAAAUCCACUCACCCAGGCUAUCUUGAACCUAUAUCAGGAACCUGAUGGAACAAGAAGGCUGCUGAACUAUUUGCUUGAUAAUUUGUCAGGUACUGCAAAAAGAAUUUCAACAGAACAGCCACCUCCAAGAUCUUGGAUUAUGUUACAAGAACCAGACAGAACAAGACCAACUGCCUUGUUUUCUGUCAUGUGCUAUAAUGUUCUUUGUGAUAAAUAUGCGACCCGGCAGUUAUACGGCUAUUGUCCAUCAUGGGCACUAAAUUGGGACUACAGGAAGAAGGCCAUUAUUCAAGAAAUCUUGAGCUGCAAUGCUGAUAUCAUAAGCCUUCAAGAGGUUGAAACGGAACAGUAUUACAGUUUUUUUCUGGUAGAACUGAAAGAACGUGGUUAUAAUGGGUUCUUUAGUCCUAAGUCUCGAGCUAGGACAAUGUCAGAACAAGAAAGAAAACAUGUUGAUGGCUGUGCAAUAUUCUUCAAGACAGAAAAAUUUACUUUGGUUCAGAAACACACUGUUGAAUUUAAUCAGCUAGCAAUGGCAAAUUCAGAAGGGUCUGAAGCUAUGCUGAACAGAGUCAUGACAAAAGAUAAUAUUGGCGUUGCAGUACUACUAGAACUUCGAAAGGAAUUGAUUGAAAUGUCAUCUGGAAAGGCACAUCUUGGAACAGAGAAACAACUCAUUCUGGUGGCGAAUGCGCAUAUGCACUGGGAUCCCGAGUACUCGGAUGUGAAGCUGGUGCAAACCAUGAUGUUCCUCUCCGAAGUGAAGAACAUUAUUGAUAAAGCCUCUCGAAGCCUCAGAGCGAGUGUAUUGGGAGAAUUUGGAACUAUUCCACUUGUGCUAUGUGCAGACCUUAAUUCUUUGCCAGACUCUGGUGUUGUAGAGUAUUUGAGCACUGGUGGAGUAGAAACAAAUCAUAAAGACUUUAAGGAACUAAGAUACAAUGAAAGUCUUACAAACUUCAGCUGUAAUGGGAAGAAUGGAACAACUAAUGGACGAAUCACUCAUGGUUUCAAGUUAAAGAGUGCCUAUGAAAGUGGCCUGAUGCCUUACACAAAUUACACAUUUGAUUUCAAGGGUAUAAUUGACUACAUCUUUUAUUCAAAACCUCAGUUGAACACGCUAGGCAUCCUGGGACCUCUGGACCAUCAUUGGUUAGCUGAGAACAACAUCAGUGGCUGCCCACACCCUCUGAUCCCCUCUGACCACUUCUCACUUUUUGCACAACUGGAGCUCUUGCUGCCUUUCCUGCCCCCGGUGAAUGGCGUUCACCUUCCUGGCAGGAGGUAGUCGGGGACCUUCAGAGGGCAACCUCAGUAAUACUUGUAAACAUGUGAAAAUUGGACGGCUGAAGAGUGAGGUGUGGCUGCUACAUAAUGUUUUGGUUUUUCUCUUAAACAUGAUUUGAAAAUUCAAUCUAAUUACUUGGUAAGGAUUUAGUAUGAAAGUUUGGUGCUAGCAACAGACAAAUUCUGAGCCCAAUAUGCUUUAUAUACCGCCAGACAGGGAUUGGUGUGUUUGCACCUAUCUUUAAUUUGUUACAAGUAAUUUUCCUGUUUCUUGUAUCCAGUAUAUUUUCAUGCCUUGAAAUAGGAAAAUGUUUGAACAGCAUAUUCUCUUUGCACAGAAAUCUGUAGCACUACUUUUUUGAGGCCAGUAGUAACAUCCAGAGACCAUUCUUCCAAACUCUACUCCCUCCUUUUUCAGACUUGUUUAUAAAAUAUAGAGCUGAAUUUAGCCUUUAUGAUUGUAUAUGAUCCAUGAAGACCUGAUUUAUGAAAUUUUUGUACUAAAAUUCAGAUUUGAAAAUGAUUGUAUUGUGACCUAAGGCUGAUUUUCUUAACCUGUUUUCAUGUGUUAUGAGGCCAGCUUGUAAAAGAAGUUGCAACAGACUUUCUCUGCUAAUGAUUUGCACUGUAGGGGUUUUGUUAGCCCUUUUGUACUACUUUAUUUUUAAGUUGAGAACAUUGUUCUUUAAAUCCAAAUCUUGAACCAGAUGCAACUUAUUCAUGAAUUACUGAGUGUUUAUGAUACAUUCUAGUAGGACAGAUAAGCUGAAUGGUGAAUGAUCUGUAUGGAUUGUUGGACUGAAUGUAAAGGUCGAUAUAUGUACAUUCUGAUAUCUUCAAAUCUUUAACCUUUUAGGUGAAGCAAUUACAGCUGCUCAGGUACAGCUCUUCACUCCUCACUGACACUUCCUGUCCUAGCUCUACUGUGCCUGCCUAAAUUUGUUCUCACCAAGCACUGCCUGUGCAUGCAGAGAAAAUCUGUGCAUCCUCUUUUAUAUUUUUAAAUACUGUUUAACAUUUGUGAGGAUUUUAUGAAAAUGCUUUUGUAUGAGCUGUUGCUGCUUUCCAUUGUGAAGCACUGAACACGUUUUGGAACAUGUUCAUAGGAUGGUCCCUGGGCCUGUCUGCUCAGCAGACCCAACCCUGCUUCUUCGUGUCAUUCACCGUGCUGUUUGUCACCCAGAAUACUACUAUCAUGUGAAUUCUUUUUGUUAUCCAUGUUUCUGUGUUUUUUUUAAUCUUUUUUUUUUAAGAAAAGUAAUUUUCCAUUUAUGAAGCAGUAUAAAUUAGAUGCAUUUUUGAAACAGGUCCCUAAGACAAUUCUUCAGAUCAGUUUUAAACUGACCAAGUCAUUUUACUCUGAACAAAGGUCAAAGUUUUGUUUCACCCUCAGUUUCACCCAUAGUGCUUUAGGUUAGAAAUUAUAGCCAGCUUUCACUUUGCAAAGUUAACUUGUAUACAUUCUGUUCUUUGUUUUGUUGGUCUCUCAGAAAUCAAAUGAAUUUAGAGGGAGCUUGGUGUAACUGCUUUUGUUUCAACUGCAGGCAGGGGAGCAAAAGAUACCGUGUAAGCAUUAAGAAAUGUUGAAUGUUAGCAGUUUUUAUACAGAGAAUGAGUCAUUUUGAAGGAUGACUUAAAAUUUUAUGAAAAAUGUUCAGCACUCAGAUGUGCUUAUUCUGUUUUUAAAGAGAAAGUAAAAUUACAAGUUUAAAUGAAUAUUUUUUUUUCCUUUGAAAAACUUCUUCAGAAGGUUUUGAUCUUGAAUCUUUGUCUUGGACCUGAUUUUUCCUGAAAAUUUUUUUUUCUUUUUUUUUUUUAAGACUUUGUUGUGAUUGUUUGAAAUUUUUUUGCUUUUUAAGUUAUGCUAAUGUCAGACACAUCCAGUUUAUAAUCAGUACGUUGGAAACUUUGGUAUCAUCGACAUAGAACUAGUACAUAGCUUUUUGUGGGGGUUUGGGUGUUUUGGGUUUUUUUGUUUUUUUUUGUGAAGUGUGAAUAAAAGAUAUGUUUACUCAUUCUUUUCCUAAACACGGCGUUGGUAAUGUGCAUCAUGACAAUGUCCAGGGAGGGUGAGCUGGAGCUGGUUGGGCAAUGAGUCCCAGGAAGCACUUCGCUGUGAUCUGCAUCAGGUGCCCGAAGUCCAGAGAGCUUUACCAAGGAGUGCAGAACUCUGCCUUGUGUGUUCAUCGUCAAUGCUGAACCAGAGCGCACUGGUUAGAUGCUCAUCUGUCCACAAUCUUUGAGUCUGGAGACAGCAAACUAAGAUUAUAAUGGCCUAUUGUAUCCUGAAAAUCCUUGCUGUUGCCUCUUUGAAGCAUACUGCUUGUGCGGAUCAAUUUGAACAACUUCUCCACCUUACUGGGAUAGUGAUAAAUUGAACCAAGAGUGCAGAUUACAACUGUAACCUUGAAAAAAGAGAGGAAUUUAGAUUUCUGGGGGAUAGGUUGUCACUCCAAAAGAGACUGAUACUUUCUGUGUUUUGUGUUUAAUAUUUUCUGUGUUCUAGAAUAAUUUUCAAUAUUCCACUUUCCCUUAAAUGCAAUAAAAACGGGUGUGUUUUUACAGUGUAGAUUGUUUUAAAAAAUUCUGUAACAAACAUUUAAUGUGUUGCCAUAAUGUAAUCUCAGUGUUCUUGCUGGAUAAAUCCGUUUUAGGAAUGUUUUACAGAAAAUCUAGGGUUUUUUAAAGAUCAGAAAUUUGGAGACAAAUAACUCCUUGUAAUCUCUUCAAGAACCAAUUGCUGUGUUGGUAAUUAUUUAUGCUUUGAGAAUUUAAAUAAUGUUAAACAAAAUUAAUUUAUGGUAGCUUAAAGUUGUAUUAAUUAAUUGGUGGUUACAACUUUAAUAGUCCAAGAAGAUAGCCAUUUCCCAGCAGUGUGUUUCCGUUUUCAUUCUUACUUGAUUUUGUGACAACCAGAAAAGUUUCUUUUGGGUUAGCACUUUGAAAGCUAAAGACAUCAUCUAUUUUAAUGGAAUGCACUUCUAAAUGUUGAAAGUUCAAAGCUCUUCUGAGAUUCAGUUUUUAAGUAGUAACAUUCAAAUUUUAUAUAGAGUUCCAGUUUUCAACUAUUUAAACUUAGGAAAUUAUUUUCUGUAAUAAGUUUUAAGGUUUUAGGUUGUGUUGCAUAAGGACAGAAGCCAACUUGGGCAAACAAAAAAGAGCAAUUUUUUAAAUGAAUAAAUCCAUAGCAAGUGUUGCAGAUAAUUCAGACACCAUCCAGCAGGUGUUUCUCUCCUAUUCAUAAACAGUAUUUUAAAAUGUUCACUGCCCUCUUCAUUUACAUUUUAGUAUCUGCUGUGUUGAAGUAGUAUCUGAAAUAGAGUUUCCAGUCCUUCCUUACAUUACAUCCUGCUGUGUAAUGCACUGGACUGCGUUUACCAUUCAUGGGAACCCAGCAUGCCAGUUGCACUAAGCUCAAAGAAUGUCACCUUGCCUGGGCAGCUCUUUGCAAAGGGCAUGGAAAACUGACCAUCUGCCAUUUGGAUUGGUGGUAAUAAGGGCUUUCACUGUUCUUUUUGGUUUGGAACCUUCUUGGUCAAAUUGUAAUGAACUGGUAUUAUAUUUAUAUACAGGGUCUCUUUCAUUACUGAUGUAUUUUACUAUUCAUAGCCAACCAAUAAAUUCAGUAUCUGUUUCAAAUA